CGUCGGGGCAGAUGAAUCAGAUGGGUACACCGCAGAUGGGGCAUAUGAACAGAGGUGGCAUGCCCCCACCCAAUGGCACGCAACCUGGAAUGCCGAACUCAGCGCACCAGACGCCUCAGCCGCCCUUUCGUUCGCCCAGUCGACCGUCCACGCCCGGGCAGAACUCGAUAACGCAUGCCAGUCCCUCGAUGGCUGCUCGUCAGACUCCGAACCUGGCCCAACACGAGCUCAUCAACAAUGAGUUUCGGCAGGUUCCUAUGCAGGCCCUCCCACAGCUGAAGCAGGAAAUCGGGUUGGGUGACAAAGAUCUGCAAGCAUUCACGGUACAGGAUAAGCAUAAUAUUAUCCAAGCAUGGCGAAGACGCGUUCAGAAGCCCCCGCAAGGACAGCCCAAUGCAGUUGCUGGACCAUCCGGCACUCCGAUGAUGGCUCCUGGCAAUCCUAGACUGCAACCCAACCAGCAGCAAGGGCAACCGCAGGGGAUGGCGCCAGGUCAGCAGCGGCCUAUAAAGCGCAAUAGCACUUCGCCAGCUGAAGAGCAGGAUUCUUUGCUACGCACAGAUUCGUCACCCCCCGACCGGAAGAGACCACGGCGCUCUCCCAACCCGGAGCAUCAGCAGCAACAGCAAGGACAGCAGCAGCAGCAGUCACAACAGCCGGCCAUGGCUCCCUUCCCGCAUGCUCACCCUCAGGGUGGCGGUCCUGGUGGGCCUGGUGGACCGCAGCAUAUGCCGAACGUGCUGAUGCGACCCCCACAAAUGGGCGGGCCGCCGAUGGGCAACUUCCCCGGGCAGCCUGGUAUGCCGAACAUGAUCAAUAAUCCUGGGAUGAACAUGGGUAUGGGUCAGAUGGGUCCCGGUGGGAUGAAUGCGAUGAGCCCUGGCAUGAUGAAUCAUCCGCAGGGUGGAAUGGUGAACCCAGGCCCGCACUCGCAGCAGCAGUACAGGCAAACGAUGCAUAAUCUGCACAAGAGCAAUCUGCCACCUGGGGCGUUGAACAUGAUGCCAGGCCAGAAUAUGAACUCACCGCAUUCCAAUGACCCGUUAUUCAACAAUGCUGACGGCGGUCAAGGGCAACGUCAGCCCUUCCCGGGCGGCGUCCCAAACAACCGAAUGCAGGGCCCGAAGGCGGGACAGAUGCCGCCGCCCCCUUCGCCGGCCAUGAACGGGAUUGGGAAGGGGCCUCAAGGAGGGCCUAAGCCUGAGGGAGUGUCCGAACAGGGUGCUCAGAAUGGUCGACCGGAGGGCUCGCCCCAGAAUGCUUCGGCUGGUAUCGGUCAGGGGCAGAACCAACAGCAAGGGAACCCUGGGCAGCCAUCGACUGCACCACCAACACCUGCUUCGAACGGGAUGACGGCCCCGUCACCGUCGCAGAUUCUGAGCAGCAGUGCGCCUGGCAUGAACCCGUCGUCGGGGAACUCGACAGACUCUAUGCCCAGUAACUUGUUCACCACGGAUUUCAUGAGCUCGAUGGGUUCCAUGAACGGGGGUGCGUUUGACGACAUUGAUCCAGCUAUCUUUGGGGGACUGAGGGACACGGACAUCAAUUUUGAGCGGGACUUUGGGCAAUGGUUCAAUCCGGAUGACGUCGCGUUGGAUAUGACCAAGUAG